GUAAAGUACGCUGUCAUAUUUCCAAAUUCCGUAAUUAAGAGUCUAGUUCAAUUCAAGAUAAAUGUCCAAGCAUCAAUCCUCGUUGGCUUUUAAAGAGAACAGUUUACCAAAAGGGAUUCCACCUACGACACUUGAAGAUUCAGCCGACAUGGACGAGGUUUUUGCUGCACAACGAGUUACAUUGCAAACCUUGCAGCCAUCAGCUAAAACUAAGGGACUAGUAGGUUCUCAUGGUCAAAUUAUUCAUCAUGGAAAGGAUCUUAAAUCAAAACAGAAAACACAGUCAAUUCAAGGAAAGAUCCAGGUGUUUGAAGACAAGACCAGUAAUACAGGACCCAAAAAGAAUAUGGUGGAGGAUCGAGGUGUUCAGACAGAUCCAAUUGAACUGGAAGAAUCCAAAUCUAAAACUGCUGAGAAUGACAUUGAUGUUGAAUACUACAGUACAAUGGCUGAAAGAAGAAGAGUCGCUUUAUCUGAAGCUUUGGAGGAAAAUGAACAUCUGCAUUUAGAAGUUGACAGUCUCAAAACAGAAAUAAAUGCUCUCAAAGCUGAGAAUAGUGUCCUCAAACCUUUGGCUGAAGAGGCUGAAUAUCUGGCUGGUGUGAUUAAGGGGCUUUUGGGCUCGGAAGAAGAGGAAGAAACCACUGAAGGUGCCACUGCCAGCACAAGUGAUAGUUGACGCUAAUCGAUCUGAACACAACUUGUCAUUUUCUAAAUUUGUCACAGUAUCUCACCUUAACUUUUUAAUUAAUUAAUCUCCUCGUGCCAACUGUAAUCGGACUUGUAAAAAGAACGUUUUCAAUACAAAAUUUCGAAUUUCAUAAA